AUGACGGAUCAAUUACUAGCACCGCCAACACACCUCUCGCCGACCGAGUCCCUGCGAUUGUCACAACUGGCGCCCCGAUGGCUGCGUAGCCAAGCUCCCAGCAGUCUCCCCUACCCGCUCUCCCUCCUCACCACCUCGGAAUCCGCCGAACAAUGGCAAGCCAACGAGAACCUCAUGAUCGCUUGCCUGCGUACCGGCGACGACGAAACCGCUUCCAUCUGCCUGGACAAACUGUCUCAACGUUUCGGAGCCGACAACGAGCGCGUGCAAGCAUUACGUGGACUGUACGAGGAAGCCCGAGCGCCGGACGAGAAAGCCCUGUUGGACGUGUUGAAGGGCUAUGAUGAGUUGCUGGCAGAGAAGCCGGCAAACGUGCCCGUCAUGAAGAGAAAGGUUGCGCUGUUGAGGAGUUUGAGCAAGCUGCCCGAGGCGACAAAGACGUUGACUGAGUUGUUGGAUAGCUCGCCCAUUGACGCUGAGGCGUGGUCCGAGUUGGCAGAGCUGUACUUCUUGCAGAGCAUGCAUUCGCAGGCUGUCUUUUGCUUGGAGGAAGUCUUGCUCAUCAUGCCAAAUGCUUGGAAUAUUCACGCUCGUCUGGGUGAGAUGCUCUUCGUGUCUGCCAACGCUGCCGAAGACGCUGGCGGUAAGCUCAAGCUGCUCGCGGACGCCCAACGCAGCUUCUGCCGCAGCAUUGAGCUAUGCGACGACUACCUCCGUGGCUACUAUGGCCUCAAACUCGUAAGCUCUCCGAGUUUCAUCCUCAAACCUCCGAAAGCACAGUCUUCAGACGCCACAGUCGGAGACCUACCACCUCCUUCGGUGGCUUCGGUCGAGAAGCUGCGCGAACUCUCAACCAGGAAGCUUUCCGAGAUUGUGAGACGUAGCAUGGGCGGUGAGCGAGGUUGGGAUGGAUACGACCAAGCCGAGCUCAUCGCUGCCAGAGAACUCCUGGAUAGAGACACUCAGUCGGUUCAACGAUGA